GGCCGCUGCGUGGCGGGGUGCGCCCGGCGCCGGCCGCGGCAGUCUCGUGCCGGUAGUCGGUAGUGCAACCGAGCGACUCCGGGAGUAGUCCCCGCCGCGUCGUCCGCUCGUAGUCGUAGUGCGUCCGCCGGCUUGCCCCACGCCGCCGGCGUUCGAACCCAUGGAAACCCAGAAUCAGGAUGUGGCCCACAGCCCCGCGGAGGCGGCCAACGACCCGGGGAAGAUGUUCGUCGGAGGUCUCAGCUGGCAGACUAGUCCAGAAAGCCUUCGAGACUACUUUAAUAAAUUCGGCGAAAUCACAGAGGUUAUGGUUAUGAAAGAUCCCACGACGAGGCGGUCUAGGGGCUUCGGGUUUAUCACAUUCGGCGACCCAGCCAGCGUAGACAAAGUUUUAGCGCAAGCAACACACGAAUUAGAUGGUAAAAAGAUAGACCCCAAAGUGGCGUUUCCCAGAAGAGCACAUCCAAAGAUGGUGACCAGGACAAAGAAAAUCUUCGUAGGAGGGCUAUCAGCACCCACAACGCUGGAAGAUGUAAAGAAUUACUUCGAACAGUUUGGACCGAUCGAGGACGCCAUGUUAAUGUUCGACAAACAAACUAAUAGGCACAGAGGUUUCGGUUUCGUCACAUUUCAAAGUGAAGAUAUAGUAGACAAAGUGUGCGAAAUACAUUUUCACGAAAUCAACAAUAAAAUGGUGGAAUGCAAAAAAGCACAGCCGAAAGAAGUCAUGCUUCCAGCAAACUUGGCGAAGACGAGAGCCGCAGGACGCGGCGCCUACGAUUUCAUGUGGUCAUUGGGUGCUCUUCCUGACGGUUUCCCCGCAGCAUACGCUGCCUACGCGGCAGGACGUAGCUAUUCGGGCUAUCCUAGCUUCGGGCUGCCAUACCCCGCAGUGGACCUGACCAACGGCCAACUCACACCGAAUAACAACACACCGCUGCUCGCGCAGGCGCUCUCAGUGAUGAACAACUACCAGGCAGCCGCAGCUGGGUUUGGCCCACCAGCAUCGCCGCACACUGCCGGUGGGCGGGCGGGGUUCCCGGCCGCUAGCUCGCCGGGCCCUGCGCUUGACGUCUACGGUUCAGCGGCGGACAGCGUUGGCUACGUACAGGCAGCGAGCCCCCAGCCCUCCGGUUUUCCCGCCAUCGCAGUGAGCCGUGCACCCCUCAAUUACACCCCAGGACCCUUGAUUCCUGCGGCUUUCACCAACGGUUAUCAUUGAAAGUGUUAUAGCACAAUAUUUAACGUGGCGAGCGGCGUGGCGACGCGUACAACACCAACGCAACACCAUCCCGACCACUAGCGCCAACACCAGCCGGCGCCGGCGGACAGCGCUCGCAUCCGCUGCGGCCGCUAGCCACGCGCCGCAUCGGCGACGGUCGUGUAAUCCGUCCGGCCACCGCGCGGACCGAUCCGUCGACCGCGGCAUCUCAACCUCACACCGUAACCCAACACCACCAAUCCCAACUCUCCCAACCCCACGACCCGACCUCGAUCCCUACCCCUUAAACUUUGACACCUUGUCUAUUGUAAAUAAUGAUAAUCUACUUUUUGUCGUGUGAACGAGAGAUAGUCUAUUGAUUAAACAGGUAUUUUUUCAAAUUAUUCUCGCUUCGACUGUACCGUAGAUGUGUUGUCAAUAUAAACGAUUAAACUACAAAAAAAAUACAUUUCGUAAUAUAUAAAGAUCAUCUAGACGAUUCGAUUGCAGGGAGGUAUAUCUUAAAAUAUUUUAUUAUUCAUAGUUAAAUUACAAUUUAAGGUGUAAUUGCAUGUCAACUUUUCCAUUCGCGAGUCGUUUGAGUUAUUCAUAGAGGAUCGGUUCCGUGGCAUUUAAGAAUCGCAUCCAGCGUUCAAGUGUUUCGCGUACUAAAAAUUUUUCGGUAGUGAGCUUUUAUAUUUAAGAGUUUCGAGCGUCAGUAGGAGCCGAUUGCGGAGCAUCGGGCUGAGAGUGCGAGACGCGUGUUCGCCCUCGAGCUCCGCGUGUACAGAGUUGUCGGUCGGUAGCGGAAUAGGGUGUUAGAGGCUGGUCCGGCGCCGGCGAACACUCCGGAGACAAUAACGCGGUACGCGACCGCGCGAUCGCCGCGCGCUAUCUCGCUCGUCCACCAACACAUAUUUUAUUCUAUCUAUUUUUAAUAUUAAUGUCAAAUAUUAACAUAAUUACUAUACUAAUACAUAUUUCGCAUAUUUUACCUAUGAAUGUAAUUAUUUUCGCCUAAUUCGAAUUGUAUAAAAUCACAUCUAUGAGCGGCUAUUCUGUUUCUGUAGAAAAUUCUGGAUUACUUCCCUAUAAGACUAUGUUAGUUAUGCGUAUACAUACUUUCUUAAUAUUAAUAAUAUGUAUUAUGAUAUAAAAUUUUAUCCUAAGGAUAACAUGAUCAUAUUUACGAUUUUCAUAAGGACAUUUUGGAAAGCUAAGUCGGUACAUUUCAGAAUAUCUCUCAUCGCAUUAAGAUAAUAAUUCAUUUCUAUCUUGUACCUUUGAAAGUAGGUAUUGUAAUUAUAAUAAAUAACAUUUUUGUGCAUUACGUAACUAAUAUUUCAUUGUUUCUUACUUGUAUUUACCUUAAUAUAAGACCACUGUUGAAAAUAUUUGCGGCUCCAGCAGAAACGCGGAGUCACACAGUACUUAGUCGUAUAUAAAAUUUUAAUCAGAAUUAAAAUACACAUUAAAAAAUUUCAUACAGAAAAAACGAUAAAGACGAUUCUAACUUUUCAAUAAACCAAAGACAGGGAUAUUAAAAUCAAAAACAAGUGCGCAGGUUCGAGGUAAUAGAGUAAAAUAAAAAGUCAAUUCAUUAAUCAUAUUCGUUAGGUACUGGAAAAAUUUUGACCACUUUGUCUAGUUUGCAGCAGUUAGGAGUAAGGCACGCAAGCGAAGCGCGUCCAACCUCGGAAAGGCGCGACCCGCCCUCGGGUGUCUGGUAUGCCAAGCGGGUGUUGGGUGUGCUGCGCCUGCGUCUCUCACUCGCUACACACACGUGCACUCGGUUGCAACCAUUCGUUAUUUACUAUUAUUACUCAUUACCAACAUCAAUUAAACAUUAAUA